ACCAGCUCAAGUCUAGUCUCCACAGCAAUUGGCGCAGGAGGACAGGAAGAUUUUCACUUUGGUGGAUAGGAGACAGCAGAGGCUCUUGAGGUCCUCUGUUGAGUGUGAGGAAGAUUUUGGGAAUUGAUCUUGUCUGGGUGUUGUUCCCAGGACAAGAGCCUCAGGAAGAUCCCCAAGGCUGCCAGCGUGGGGGAAGCAGCCCACAGAGGGCAGCUCCUCUGUCUGAGAGUAAAUGACAUGAAUGGCAGAGACCAGAGCAGGCUUUCUAGAAAACCUCAUCCUAGUGAUCCAUGGCCUACACCAGAAGUGAAAGACUGUGAUUUUGAUGUCAAGGAACAAGCAUCAUCUCAAGAAAAAUUACAGAACUCAGGGGAGGCUACUAAUGCAUCAGUAAGGAAUCAGCUGGAAUUCAGAAUUAAAGAACUGGAAUCUGAACUCUCCAAAAUGAAAGCUGCUCAGAAAGAUUCUAAUAGGAGAGAAAUGGAGAAAUAUAAGCAACUCUAUCUGGAAGAAGUGGAAAUUAGAAGAAUAUUGUCAAAUAAAUUAAAUGAAUCUACUGUCAUGUUAGCAGAGGUCAGAACCAAACUUCUCCUGGAGAAACUGCGGAACAGAUGUUUACUCAACACUCUCACUGGAAGGCCUCUGCUGGAGUCAGGCUGCGUUGGAAAUGUGAACAACACUUUAGAACUCAAUAGACAUCUAAUUUCACAAGAAAACUUAAUGAUCCCAAUCUCAAGACAACAAAUUUCACAUAACAGCAUGGUCAUCAAAAAUGUUGAUUGGUGGCUCUGGAUACUCAGUGCUCAUCGUGUGCUGUCUCGAGGGCAGGGUGGCUACAAUGUGGUUCAAAGCAAACAUGGCAGCAUUGAAGCCGUCUUCCAAGCAUCGAAGUCCAUGCUCAUCUCCCAGCUGCGUGCACUCUGUAAGGGAGACAAGAAGUACUGA